CCAGCUCCAUGAUCUCCGCCGAGAUGUCGGGCGGCGGCGGCGGCAAGAGCCACCGGCGGACCUCGCUGCCUUGCAUCCCCCGCGAGCAGCUCAUGGGACAUUCUGAAUGGGAUCACAAACGAGGACCCAGAGGAUCACAGUCUUCUGGUACCAGUAUCACAGUGGAUAUUGCAGUCAUGGGCGAAGCGCAUGGGCUCAUUACAGAUCUUCUGGCAGAUCCUUCGCUGCCUCCCAACGUGUGUACUUCGCUGAGAACAGUGAGCAACCUGCUUAAUACACAGUUAACCUUCCAGGCCAUCCACAAGCCAAGGGUGAACCCUUUGGUAUCCUUCAGUGAGAAUUACACAUGCUCUGACUCGGAGGAAUGUCCAGAGAAAGGAGAAAAACUAGCAAUUCCCAAGCGCUUACGAAGAAGUUUGCCUCCAGGACUGCUGAGACGAGUGUCCUCCACUUGGACCACAACAACAUCUGCCACAGGUUUACCCACACUGGAGCCAGCCCCAGUGAGAAGAGAUCGCAGUGCCAGCAUCAAACCUCACGAAUCAUCUUCAUCCAGCACUGACUCUUGGAACAGUUCCCUUCUGAUGACAAUCACAAAGAGCAGGUCCUUCUCUACGUCUUAUGCCAUGUCUCCUACCAACCACCUGAAUGCCAAAAGGCAGAGCCGCCAAGGUAUCCCACCAAAUAUUUCACCACUCACCUCUCCAUGCCAUUCACCUCUUCAAGGGACGCCUGCUACAAGUCCUACCGGAAAGACAUCUUCUGUGUCAUUUCCAGACUCUACAGAUACUGACACCAAGCAAGGUUUAAAACCACACAAAGUCUUAACUGCUACUCAGAGUGCACCUAGCCUGUCAGAACCUAACAUCAGCCCCUCUGUCAUCUGCAGCAGCUGCGGCAGACCCUACAACCAAAUAGAAGCUGGUGAUGGUACACUAGAUAGGAGCCACGGUACCACCCACACCCUAAAUAGAACAGAUGAUCCUGCGCAAGCCACUUCUGACUAUGAGACCAACAACAGUGACAGCAGUGAUAUUGUACAAAAUGAUGAUGAGGCAGAUUGCUCCAAAGAAAAGGCACGGAAGGGGUCUGUCUGUAGGACAUAUGCACCUGAGACCAUCAUUCUGCAUCCUUUGAUACCACCUGAGGACAAGCCUGUACUCGCUCCUGAGCCUCUGGUUAUGGACAACUUGGAUCCUCUAAUGGAGCAGCUUAACAGCUGGAACUUCCCAAUCUUCGAUUUGGUAGAAAAAAUUGGAAAGAAAUGUGGUCGGAUUCUCAGUCAGGUAUCAUACCGGCUUUUUGAAGACAUGGGGUUGUUUGAAACCUUUAAAAUUCCAGUGAGGGAAUUUAUGAACUACUUCCAUGCCUUGGAAUGUGGAUACCGAGAGAUACCUUAUCACAAUCGAAUCCACGCAACUGAUGUUCUGCAUGCCGUGUGGUACCUUACUACUCAGCCCAUUCCGGGACUCCCAACUGUGAUUAAUGAUCACGGGUCAGCGAGUGAUUCAGAUUCUGACAGUGGAAUCACUCACGGCCAUAUGGGUUAUGUGUUUUCGAAGACAUACACACCUACAGAUGACAGCUACGGAUGCCUAGCUGGCAACAUCCCAGCUCUUGAGUUGAUGGCUCUUUACGUAGCCGCAGCCAUGCAUGAUUACGAUCAUCCAGGAAGGACUAAUGCCUUUUUGGUGGCAACAAGUGCUCCUCAGGCAGUGCUGUACAAUGACCGCUCCGUCCUGGAGAACCAUCAUGCUGCUGCUGCUUGGAACCUUUUCAUGUCGAGGCCAGAAUACAACUUCUUGGUCAACCUCGACCAUGUGGAGUUCAAGCAUUUCCGCUUCCUUGUCAUCGAGGCAAUUUUGGCUACUGACCUGAAGAAACACUUUGAUUUUGUUGCCAAAUUCAAUGCCAAGGUGAAUGAUGAUGUUGGGAUUGACUGGACUAACGAGAAUGACCGCUUACUGGUUUGCCAAAUGUGUAUCAAACUGGCUGACAUAAAUGGUCCUGCAAAAUGCAAAGACUUGCAUCUACAGUGGACAGAGGGCAUUGUCAAUGAGUUUUAUGAACAGGGUGAUGAAGAGGCCAGCCUGGGCCUGCCUAUCAGCCCUUUCAUGGAUCGCUCUGCUCCUCAGCUGGCACACCUCCAGGAAUCCUUCAUCACUCACAUUGUGGGACCACUAUGUAACUCCUAUGACUCUGCAGGGUUGAUGCCAGGAAAAUGGAUAGAAGAUAGUGAUGAAUCAGGAGACACCGAUGAGCAUGAAGAGGAAGAAACAGCAGAAAUGGAAACUUGUGAAAAUGCUGAAUCCAGAAAGAAGAAGUUCAAGAGAAGGAAAAUCUACUGUCAGAUCACUCAGCACCUGCUUCAGAACCAUAAAAUGUGGAAGAAAGUAAUUGAGGAUGAGGAGAGGUUAGCUGGGACAGAGAAGCAAGGCGCGGAGCAAUCCACACUGCACCCAUCUUCAGAACAAAUUCAGGCCAUCAGGGAAGAGGAGGAAGAGAAGGGGAAGCCCAAGAGAGAUGAAGAAGAAAACACAACUGUAGAACCGAACCAAUGACAAUAUUUACAGCAGUAUUUUAAGACAGAUUGACUCGUGCACAGACUCUUUCUCAAGCCAGCACAGCAUUUAGACACCACACUGUAGAAGUAUGGGAUUAUGCGCCUACAGCUGUUCAAUUUGUUUCUCUUUCCUUUUUAUGGUGAGGUACAUUGUUUAAACUCCUGUGCUCAAGGAAGCUUUCACACUGCUACACCGGCUUUUACAGACUUUCUUUAAAGAGAUUUGGGGUGGGGGUGGGGAGUGGAUUUAUAUAAAUAUAUAUAUAUAUAUAUAUAUAUAGCCAGUGUUUUUGGCUGUGCACUUCAGCAAAAUACAUUUAAUGAUAUAUUAUGGUCACUGUGAUAUUUACAGAAGGAAGUUUUCUAAAGAAAUGCUGUUUCUGAAGUACAUUUGCAGUUAACAGCGAGGUAAAGUAGCUUUUGCUCUUAAUACUGAGGGAUAAAAGUUCCAAAGCUUUACAUGUAUCCUGCCAACAUAUACAUGUAUGAGGGGAGUGCUCAUGUAUGUGGGUGGAUAUAAUGUCAUAUAGCAGAGUUUGAGACUAGCUGUAGCACAUCUGAAUACACGACAAUGAACAGGAGGCCUAAAUUUUAAGAAUCUGUGCCCAUGAGGAGCCCUUUGUGAGAAGCUCUGCAUUCCCAUCCUCCUCUGAGGACUGGGCUGCAUGCUGGCUGUGUGACUUCAGCUCAUCUUCCUUCUCCUUCUCCUCUUCCAGCACCUCCCAAACUGCUAGCAAAGGGAUGUGCCAGGGCACUUAAUCCAGAAGGGUUACUAGGGAUUGUGCAGCACGCUGCCUGUGAAAGGCCCCGACCCUCUGUCCGCCUCUGAGUGCAAGAAUGGCAUAUAUGUUUGAGCAGGAAGCAGAAAAGAGCAAACGUGUGUGCAUAUGCAGAAACUAGAGGCAACACUGCCAUCUUUCCACCCAGACCUUAUGCCUCCACACAUCAGUGGCCAAAUAUACCAUAUAAGAGUGAAGCUAAGCACCAUCUCUUGAGAGCAAAGGAAGGGGAGCGUGGAGAUCAUGCACCUUCACAGAAUAAAAUGUAAACAAUGCAUUAGGAGAAGGGUUGGAGAAUGGUGCCAGUCCUGUGGACUUGUCUCAGCAACCACUCACAGGACCUUUGGAGAGCUUGGAUUUCAGUGCAAGGUGCUGGCUGGGAGCAGUUUGUUGCUGGUGUUCUGCCUAGAAGCAGCGUGUUUGAUCCCACCAGUAUACUUAAUGGUUUUUUUCUUUUUACUUUUCAAGUGAGAGGAUAAGAUCAGUCCUGUAGAAGAGCAGAUCUUUUUGUUUUGUUCUGUUUGUUUUUUCUCUGUUGUUUAUGCUGUGAGCCAAAUGUCUAUUUAAAAGGUUGAAUAUUCACUUUCAAUAUUUUAUUUCACGAUAUUGUAUUUGUCAAUGAUUAGCUAUCUAGAUGUAAAUAUGGAAAAAUUUUUAUGGGUUCCUGUAGAUAAUGAUAUCUUUAAGAAAAGAAAAAAAAAAGAAAAAAAGGGAAAAGUGUUUUUGUUUUUGUUUUUGUUUUGUAAAGCUAAUUUUUUAAAAAUAAAUACAAAGGCAUUUUUAUAUAGUGUAGCCAUUUUCAAACCCAACAAAAAGGUCUUAAUAUGUACAGACCCUUCUGGGAAGCCACUGGUCUGCAGGGUCAUGGCUUUUAUGUGUUAAUGCUCUUUGGGACUGGCAACACCAUCCAGUACCACAACAUUUAGAGCAUUUUGUUUUGUUUUGUUUUUUUUCCCCACAAGAAAAGAGAGAGAGAGAGAGAGGGGGAGAGAGAGAGAGAGAGAGAGACUAAACUUUAUAUAUGUACAUAUAUAAAGCUCAGUAUCUCUCAAAAAUGAUUAGACUAUGUAUUCUCUUUUAUCCUAAUCCUGUAGCCCCUUGCCAAGAAGAGGAUUGCUUGUGGGAGUAAGAAGGCUUGUGAAAGGAAGAGUUUGUAGGAGAAGUCCUUUCUGUGUUAAAUAGCUGACACUGCAUCCAUCACUUUUUGCCAUUGUUAUGCAUUCACUGUACUUCAUGGUCCUACUGAUACCUUCCCCAAAACAUUCUCUGCCAAAGCCAAAGUAUGUUGUCACUUCAGAGAAUCUCUCUGCUUUGCAUUUCUGAUAGAGUGAGAUUUGCUGGAAGAGAGGAGUUUGGUUUCUCACCAGUAGAGAUGUUUGCAUUUGGACAGAAUGACUCUAGAGCGUGGCCCUGGAUGUUCUAAUCAGCAAAAAGAUUUAGACAGUGGUUUUCAAUGAAAUCCAAAAAAAAAAAGUUCAAACUGAACUAUUAUUUUAAAUUGAAAGGAUAGAAUUCAUUCAAAAGAAAGAGACAUCUCACGUAUGCUCCAAGAUGCCAGCAAAUCUCUCCCAGUUCCAGCUUCCACCAUUUCACAGUGCAGUUUUAUUAACUCAGGUCUUUUACAGUGAAGGAUUGCUGACAGGCCUAAAAUCAGAUGAUCUUUGAUUUUAUCCCAACUGGAAGCAGUGCCUGCAAGGAAUCAGAAGUAGCUGGGGCUGGUUAACUCAGUAAGAGGUAACAUUUUUUUGCACUCCAUAUAGUUACUGGUAGAAUCCAAUUUCUGCAGUGUUCAUUCCUUAUCAGUCUGCAUUUCUGGCAGGAAAAGAUCAGGGAAUUCCCAAGGUUGAUUUACAUAGAACACAAAGAAAUGCCAGAGAGAUUUUGUAUCAAAUGUGUGAAUACAGUUUUUUACUUUUUUUUUUUUUUUUUAGUAGCUAGUGAAGCAGGUUAUUUUUCAGUGGUUGGAGUUCUUGGGUUUUUUGAUGUACUAGUUUCUAGCCCAAAGGAGGCAAAAUUUUUGAGCUGCAGUUGCAGCAAUGUUUCUGAGGCUAGACCUUGAUGGUUUCCCACUUUGUGCAGUCCUUUGAUAGCGCAAACCCCAAAUAAACCACAACCUGUGCAUUAUUUUCGGAAAAGAAAAUUGUAUUCUUUCAUCAAAGCUUUCAGAUCUCAGGUAGGCUAUUUUAAAUGUUAAUAUGAGCUUCUGUAAUGUAUGUUUUGCAAAGAGGUUGGUUAAAUGCUAGAGAAAGCCCUGUCUGGUUUUUGCAGGUUAAAAAAUAACGUGAGCCAUACAUGAGAAAUAAGUUGUGGGAAUUUACUAUGACAAAACAAUUCUCCAGUCUCCCUGGAGCAUUUUGAUUUUGCUUAUUCUGUGAACAAAGUCCUUUACAGAAAGCUGGAGAAUUGGUGUGCGUCACCAAUGCCUGCAAACUCGUGCUGGCUCUCAGAGUAAAUGCCUGCCACGUUCAGGGUGUGGGUGGUUCCCAGGCAGUUGGGAUCACAGAGUGCAUUUUUCACCAAUGCAGGUAUAGUUAAUCAUCAGUUUUUACCUUGAUAUCAUGUGUGAGCAUCUCUACAACAUCAAGUUAUAAUCCCAGAUCACAGUAGAAUUUGCUCAGAACCUUCUGACUGGUGGUUUGGGGGCUUAUACUCUUAAUGUUCUACUGUCAGAAGUUCUGAACAUUCUGAAUGUCUGAAUGAGGAAGGAAGAGAAGUCUAUAAUGUUUCAGAUAGGUACUACUAAAAGUAUCAUCUGAGAUCUAAUCAAAUUCCAUUCCCAAAUCCUUUUUCAUGCUUUCCCUUUUGGACUUUAAGAUCAUUUGCUUUCUUUAGAAAGUUCUCCUUAAGUCCUGUCUGCCAUUUUAGAAACAGACUGGCCUUCCCUCCCUCCCUCCCUCCCUCCCUUACAUCCAUCCAUCCAUCCAUCCAUCCAUCCAUCCAUCCAUCCAUCCAUCCAGAGCCAUGAACUGAGUAGGUGUGGGGUGGCUAUCAAUUUUCAAAAUGAACCUGGUUAUAAAUGAGCCACUUGGCUGUGACCCAGAGAAAGCAUCAGGUGCUUGUUCAGCCAUCGCCCCAGUGGGAUGCACCCAAUGGUCCACGUGUGGGAGAAGCAGUACAGGUGUGCUCCAGCUCAUGCUGGAGAGGAACCAUGUAAGAGAAAUAGUGCUCAGUAGGUUGGGAUGGCAGCAAUGAGUUUGUGGGUUUUCUUUCUCAGAAAGCAAAGGCUUUUGCCUGCUGGAAAAUCUAUGAUUCAUAAAAGAUAUACAGUUUCAAUUGCUUUUUCGAGUACUGUUAUGGUUGAGAUGUUCCUGUAUCACUGUUUGAAGCAGAAAAGGUUCAAUAUAAGCAUGAGCAAGAUAGUCUCAAGCAUCCCUCUGCCAUAUGGGCAGAUAAAAUCAGCUGCCUGCAUCUCCUAUCUGCUGCAGCUGACAGGCAGUGCAAGGCUCAGACCUGGAUAUGGUUGGAGGUUAUGGGUGUUCCUCAGCUCGGCAGUGCUGUAAUUAGUCCUUGAGUUGUGACAAACAGGGAGAGAGGCAGAGUGGCUGUUCGUGGGAAAGAGAAAAAAGAAAUAUAAUACAGUAUGAAACAAACUUUGUGCAACACGCUAACUUUUCUUUCAAAAUCAAAUGCAGCCCCAUUGGAGUGAAGUAAGUCUAGGUUUUCUGGGUUUUUAAUCAGUUUGAUGUUGCAGUGUUACUCAAAAUGGUGGCAGCAUUAAAGGGAACUGUUUCCAGCAAUUAGGGCGGAUGAAUCUUUUUUUUAAUUUUUUUUUAAGUAGCUCAACAAAUAAACCAUCCUUUGACAUCUGAAUGGCUUUUAUUUAUUUUAGUAUUUUCUAAUGUUAGUGGAGAUAAAGCCUGGAAAUUUGAAAGGAAGGAGGAAAUGCAUCUUUGACGCGUUCUCAUUUUCCAGGCCUCCUGAGCGAACUGCACCAGUUUAUGUGUUACUGAAUGUAUGGGGAAUAAUUGAAAUCAAGCUGACAGCUAUCUUAAACAGUCACCAGCAGGAAGAGUUAGCAAAAAUAUGGAUUAUUGAAGGCAAACCUUGAAUUAGAGCAAAACAGCACCAGUGCAUUUGAGAACAAAUGAAUAUGAUAAAUCUUUCUUUGAAUUUCAUCGCUUUCAUUCAGCAAAACAACAUUCCUCUGGAGGUAAAUCAAACCAGGGCUUUAGCCCAUGCUGUGGUGGUUAUUGAAUCCCAGCAUCAGAGGCAGCAGUGUGAGAGUUACUCUCCAUUUACUUCCCAAUUAUGAUUUAUUCAGAGGCUUUUAGUGUGAUUUGCCUGGCAGGCAGGUGAUUUUUGAUGAAAAACACAUCACGCCUCCUCAGCAGGGUGCAGAUGUCAGCCCCGUGCAGCCCUGCCUGAAGCCUUGGGGCUAUGGGAGCCCCUCGGAGCCAGCAGGCAGCAGUGCUGGCACAACUCUGGAGAACCCUUUCCCACAGUGACAACAGAGCAAAAGCUUGAGCCAGUUCACAGUACUUCUUUGAUAAAUCUGAAGCAACAGUAAGCACAGUGCAGCUUGAAAGCCUGCCAGCAGCACGUGAGAUGUGUGCAACAAGUCCUGAGUGCAUGCACAUGUGAAAGGAUCCUUUCAUCAAGGUGAUGGGGUUGGGUGUAACCAGUGGGCUGUGUUGACAGACUGUUGAGCUGAAGUAUGAAGUAAGCCAAGGAGGGUUUUAGUUUUUCAGAGUUCUGUCAUCUAAAAAAAAACUUUUCUUGGUGCUAGGGGAGGAAAACAAUUAUAGCAUUUAUUUCAAUUGAGAUUUUCAGGUGGCUAGAGUGUGCAAGUCCAGUACAUCAACUGGACAAGAGGUGAGAUGGCUAGUUAUGAUGGCGUGUGAGAUCUGGGUGCUGAGGAGCACAUUGGAAUUUGCAGGCAUGGGAAGUGCUGUUCCCAGCAGUGAACUGGAUGGGAAAGUGCAAGCAGUUCUGCUUUCCAGCUGUGUGGGAGCACAGAGCAAAGAAGAAAGACUUUGUCACAGCCAUGAGCUGUGUAUCCUUUAUGCCUGAAAUCUCCAGUGCUGGUUGAAGAGCUACAGAAAUCAGCUCGAACAAGCAAGGGGCAGCACGAGUCAUGCCAGCAAGGCAGGUGUGAGGCUGCCAUCGCAUCCUCUCUCUCAUGGAGGCUGAGCAGCACGGUAUGAAGCAUGGGGAAGAGCAAAUGUUGGGUGUCAUCUGUCAGAGCAGCUAGAGAAAUGCCUGCAGUAAUGCAAUCCCAUCCCUUGCCCACCUGGCUGUGGCUGGCUCAGCACUGUGGGUUUAGAAGCUUUGCUUUCCAACUGUCUUUCUUCACCACAGCAAAUACUUAGAAAGAGACUAUGCUCAUUGCUUUAAGAUAUUUAUUUAAAAGAGAUUUGGUUGUUUUGUUUUGUUUUUUUUCCAUUGACCCCAAUAAUUUUGCCCCCGUGCUUUUAUACAGAAAAAAAAAUAGUUCUGUGACAUGAAUAGAGAGAAAACAGCUAGGGAUCACCAUGCCUGUCCAUACUUCUCUACAUAGAAGCCUGUUGUCUGUUGAAGCUGCCUUUCCUUUCUGAACUUCCCUCCUGAUUCUGACAUGCAAUGAAAAGCUGUAUUUGAACGCAAGGUUUUCAUUUUAGGUAUUUAUAAACCCGAGUACAGUACUGCAGAUGGUAUCUAAAAGAUCAAAGGCGGCAUUUAGAGCUGCUCUGUGGCACUGAUGGUGUUUUUAAUAUUUCAGCCAUGUCAGCGUACGUUUGGUCGUUACUCUUCUGACGUUAAAUGCUCUUUUCUUGAGUAAUCGAUGUAAGAUGUCUGCACGACAGAAAGUAAUUUAAGUUCACUUUUUUAAAAGAUGUGAUUCGUGCUGUAGGCUACGUUUGUUCAACAGAUAACACUUUCACGGGGGGGGUGGCAGCUUAUUUUUUGUUAAUGCUUUCAAUAGAACAUCAAGGGCGUUUUCCACCAGAAUCACAUUCUGAAACCUUUGCCUCGGCAACUCCAGCAGGAGUGGGACCUUUCAAAAAUAACAGCUUUCCAACACAAUUUUGCCAUCUGGGUAAAAACUGCAAGUGUGUACAUCACAUACAAGCUAUACUUCCAAAAAAAAAAAAAAGAAAGAAAGAAAGAAAGAGAGAGAGAAAGAAAAGAAAUCAAAGUAAUUAAGAAAUGAGUUCAUCAAGGUCAAGACACUUUCUGAAAGAAAAUGUGAAGUGUGUGGAUGUGUAUGAAGUACUCAGUGGCCCACUAAACAUUGGGGCCAGUCAUUCAGGUCUUGUAUUUCCGAAUUCCUCAGAGGCGUAUCAGGGCCUUUGAGUUGAGAAAGCCCCAAGGGAUUUGGCCCUCUCCUGUCCCAACCCACAGGCUUUGGCUCCUGCACUGCUGCUCUGGGUGCCGGGGCUCAGGCGGGCUUUGUGAUGCUCGCUCAGAUCCAGCAUAGUUCCAAAUGAAUCCUUCCCAGAAUCGUUCGCUUCGGAAGGUGAGAGAAAGGGGGGAAAUAUAUCUAUUUACGUGUACAGCUUUGAUAUACGGCUGUAUUUGAGAAGGCUUUGGGUAUCUUUGUAAUUCCUUUGCAGCAAUAUUUUGAAAAAGAACUGCCAACCAAAGUGGCAAUGCGGAGAAGUGCCAUCUUGUUCAGGAUUUGUACACGCCAGUUUUUAACACAGUGUUCCUUUCACUAAGUACUGCAUACGUUAAUUUAUAUUUAUAUCUUGUCAAUAUUGUUGUAACCGAGCUUCUCCUUUUUAAACACUUCAGGAACAAGGCCUUGUAUUUUUAGGUGAUUUUCAUAAAUGGAAUAAUUCUUUUCCUUUCACUAGUAUCUUGCACUCAAUACAUGUAGCAAUACUUAAUAUAUUCUCUUCACAAGUAUUUGUUAAGUGAUUUAGUUAAUGGCUGAUCAAUGUUUUGUACAAAAUAGAUUCUGUACAGGAAAAAAAAUCUUUUAGAUAAACAUUAUUUAUUUUUACUGUUUUGUAAGUUAGACACUAUAAUGAAGCUCCUUUUUGCCAGAAUUACUGGAAGUGCCUCUUGGUAAAAUGUAUUAUACAGUAAAUAUGUAUUCAAAAUUAUUAGAAAUACUUGUCACAAAAUGAACAAUGUGGAUGUUGCAAUGUGAAGACAAAUGUACAACAUAAAUAUAAUUCUGUGGUAUCCUG